AUGAUACAGAUGAUCGGUUAUCUGAAGGUCAGAAUGUUGUUUCCGAUAAAAGAAAGGGAAAGAUGGUAGAUCAUGGAUCAGUAACAUCACAAAUGUCAGACCAGGCUACGAGGAAAAAAGUGAAUAAAGAAAAAAGAAAUGACGUCAAGGCAUCUCGAUCACUUGAAGAAUGGUAUAAAAAUGCGCAAACUUCAGUUGUUCCAACUACGUUUUCUAUCUCUAGUUCGCCGAGUACACCACCACAUACGAAUAAUUUGCAACAUAAAGACCGUAAAGGCUCAAAAAAUACUGUGUCAAACCCUUCACAAAAUUACAUAACAAGUUUGCCAUAUGAUUCUAUAAACGUUGCGUAUGAUGAAAGUGAAGUUAACGGAGAAUACGGUUUUCCCAACAGCCAAGGUAACAAAGAUUCUAAUCAAAGAAGACAAAGGAAAAAUCACACAUCAGGUCUUACAGAUUCUACGGAUAGCCCAAAUGUUAGGAGAAGUAGCAUUGAUGAUGGAGGGCACGUACAUAAACGUUCAACAUUUGAUGAUAUGGAAGAUAUCGAAUGUAACAUGCAAGGACAAUUUGAUAAUGAAGAUUCAAGCGAAAUUCGUCGCGAUGAUGAAGGCUAUACACAUAAACGUGCAAGGACUGAUGACUCUGAAGAUGUAGUUCAUUCUAAAAGGACAUCUACUAAUAGUUGUGAUGCAAUUAGUGACUCUACAAAAAUAUCCUCCCCGUUAUAUAAUAAUAAAAGUCAAACAGAAACUCGUACGGAAUUUGAGAAGGAUCAUGAAUCAAUUUCCACAAAUAUCGUAAAUGUUUAUGAGUCAACACCAUCAGAAUCUAUCAAUGAAACAGAAAUUUCAGAACAAAUAAUGCACGAGUCCGAAAGUAGCAUUAAUGUUUCCGAACAAUUGCAACACGAACCAGUGGGAUCAAAAGUAUCUCCAAAAAAACAAUCGACAUUACCAAAACAAGGAUCGGGUAUUAGAACUAUCAUAAUUGGACAACCUACUAUUGAUGUUCAUUUAAGGUCAGAUGGUUCAAGUAAUGUGCUUACAAAUGACGAUGCUAAUAAACCUCAAGAAACACCCAAACGUAAAGCGGUCCAGGAUGCUCGUAAAGCAUUGGGAUUUACUGAUACAUUAAAUCACGAAUUGAAAUUAAAAUUUGACAAGCAGUAUAUUUGUCGUAAGAAAAAAUCUUUGGGGUCUCCGGUUACGUUUGUAGAAGUUUCAUCUUCAAUAAAUUGUCUAAAUAAGAUGGAUUGUGGGUUAUGGACAUUGUCAAGAAAAUUAAAUGAUAAUGUUGUGAAUUUAUUAAUCGUACACGGGGAAAGAAUACGCGAAUUGGUUACUUUGCAAACUUUGGUAACUUCAACGGAAUUACUUCCAACUAGAAAAUUAUCAACGCCUAUUGAUAUGGAAUUAGAAAUAAUAUCGUACCUAAAAUCACUCUCAUAUGACCAAAUACCAGAUGAAAAUGGAGCCGGUGUUUGGUGGAAUAUGGUCAAUCAAAAAUGUGUUACUGCCAACGGAGUGAAAAUACGAUGGAGAGAAGAUUCUGUAGAUUAUUUUUCAAACUUGAUGCAACAUCUCGCUACUAUUAAUAGCGAAUCAAAAGAUGUUUCUCUAGCAUCUACAAGAUCAUGGCAAACCAUGAAGAUCCUUGCAAGUGAAGCAAAACAAUUGGUUAAGCAAGAAGAUGCAAAAAUUAUGAAACGAGAUGAUGAAAUGAGACAUCGAAUUAAAGAAUCUAUUAUAUUCUUAUUACGAAAAAUGCCAAACUUUGGAAAUGGAACAUCAUACAUCGAUUUUAAUGAUCAUGAACCAUCCCUUGUAAUGGUUGAAAGAAAAGGUGAUGAUGAGAUUUGGUAUAAUGAUCAAAUGGUAGUUAAGUUGUUGUGGAAGUAUAAUGCAGAAUCGGAUGAAAUAACUCAUGAGCAAUAG